CCGCCCUACACGAGAUUUGAGAUUUGAGCCUCCAGAUCAAGAUGGCUGCCCACGGUGCUGUACUCUCCAUGUCCAAAUUAAUGAGUCCUUUCUGGGGAGGACGCCUCGGAAACACGGUGAAAGUGUUUGGAACAACUCUGACGGCUCACAGGAACAAGAGCUCACAUAAUCCUCCUCCUGCCAAGUACGGAGGCAGGCACACGGUGACCCUCAUACCUGGAGACGGGAUCGGCCCCGAGCUGCUGAAUCACGUCAGAGAAGUCUUCAGGUUCAGCUGUGUCCCGGUGGACUUUGAGGUGGUUCACGUCAACUCUGCUCUGGAGACGGAGGACGAUAUCAACAAUGCCAUCACUGCCAUUCGCCGAAAUGGAGUUGCGCUCAAAGGUAACAUAGAGACCAAACAUACCAUGGCGCCAUCUGUCAAAUCCAGGAAUAAUCUUCUGCGCACAAGCUUAGACCUGUACGCCAAUGUGAUGCACUGCCAGUCGCUCCCUGGAGUCCAGACACGCCACAAGAACAUCGACAUCAUGAUCAUCAGGGAGAACACAGAGGGAGAGUACAGCAGCCUGGAGCACGAGAGCGUAUCAGGGGUCGUGGAGAGUCUGAAGAUCAUCACCAGGAACAACUCCCUCAGGAUCGCCGAGUACGCCUUCAAACUGGCGCGGGAGAAAGGUCGCCGCAGGGUCACCGCCGUGCACAAGGCCAACAUCAUGAAGCUGGGAGACGGUUUGUUCCUGCAGUGCUGCAGAGAAGUGGCCUCUGGCUACCCAGACAUCACAUUCGACAGCAUGAUAGUAGACAACACCACCAUGCAGCUGGUGUCCAACCCGCAGCAGUUCGAUGUGAUGGUGAUGCCUAAUCUCUAUGGAAACGUGGUGAGCAACGUGUGUGCGGGGCUGGUGGGGGGGCCCGGCCUGGUGCCCGGGGCCAACUACGGCCAUAACUACGCCGUCUUUGAAACGGCUACGAGGAACACGGGGAAGAGUAUCGCGGAGAAGAACAUCGCUAACCCGACCGCCAUGCUGCUCGCCAGCUGCAUGAUGCUGGACCACCUUAAGCUUUAUGACUAUGCAAGUCUGAUCCGAAAUGCAAUCCUCACCACCAUGAAUGAGACCAGGUUGCACACAGCUGAUAUCGGGGGUCAGGGCACCACGUCAGAGGUGGUCCAGACCAUCAUGAGGAUCAUCCACAGUAAAGGGCCGCUCACAACCGAGCUCUAAACACACACACACACACACACACUGAUCAGAGGUGUGAGUUUGAACAGGUUAUCCAUGCAUGUCUGUUUCCAUAGCGUCUGUCUCACAUUGACAUCAGAGCGUUUCCCUUUUUUUUUCUUCUUCUUCAUGCAGCUUACUUACUUGAUCACUGUACAAACAACCUUUUAUCCACACCUGUCUGCUUCACAUGCAAUAAUGAGCUGCACCAGACUGAAUCAAAAACAGUUUACUUUAACUCCUAUUAGACGACGGUUCCUACUGUAAGUUCAUCAGGUUCAUUCAGUUACAUAUAUGUCUUCUUACAGACUGUUAUGAAACACAAAAAGGCCUAAUUCAACUACACACUUCACAUGUUAGGGUCAGAAAUGUUUAAAUAUCCUAACAUGGAUGAACUCUGCUUACUCUGCCUUCUUCAGUCCUUAUUUAUUUCAUGUUACAGCCUUUUUUAUUCAAACAGAAUGUGACAUGUUGGUUUACGGCCUUAUCUUUUUUUUUUUUACUGUAACUGAUAAAUCAAGUUGUCUGUUCUUCAAUGUGCUGCCCUGUGUGUUCACAUCAGAUCAACUGUAUUAUACACAAAGAGAUGUAACUAUUUCAUAUAUACUGUAACAAGGCAAGGGGCCUGAUAUGGAAAGACUGGUUCUAUGUGUCUGUGGGUGGAAUAUAUAUACUGUAUAACACAAAUAUUAUCAAUAAAGAAAGUGAUCUACCUUA